UUAGAUUGCCUAAAUUUUCAAUCCACAAGUUUAGGAACGUGUCAAAGAACCCCCUAUUAGUUAAUCAGCUGAGUUUCUUGUUUGAAACUGGCUUCAGAAAGUAAAGGGAUCAAAGACGUGAAGCAAUAUCAGCAGAAGAAGGAGAUGAACAACGAUGACGAUUUCACAUUUUGUCGGGCAGGUCGAGAAGAGUGUCGAUUCGGAGUCGGAGAUAAAUCAAAUUAACAAAAACAAAAUCGACGGAAUUCUAUGGAAGAACGACAACAAAGGAGUAGCCGCGAAGAAGGAGGAGAGAGUCGGCUUUUUGGCGUUUAAUGUAAUUGAUGCUUCUUCGUCAUCAUCUGAUGCUAAAACUUCAGUCAAAGUUCCGGCUCGAAAGCCGGUUUCACGGACUAAGGUUCCGUUUGAGAAAGGUUAUAGCCAAGUUGAUUGGCUUAGGCUUACUCAAACUCAUCCUGAUCUUGCUGGAUUGAAGGGCCAGUCGAAUAAGAGGCUUAUAACUAUGGAAGAAGUGGAACAAAAUAAAAAGGAAGGUUCCAUGUGGACUGUUUUAAAAGGCCGCGUUUAUAAUUUAUCACCAUACAUGAAGUUUCACCCAGGAGGUGUUGAUAUGCUGAUGAAAGCAGUCGGUAAAGACUGUACAUCUUUAUUCAAUAAAUACCAUGCUUGGGUAAAUGAUGAGUUCUUAUUAGCUAAGUGCUUGGUGGGUACUCUGGAGAAAGUGGGUGAAGGCCACGAUUCUUCAAAAAUUUAGCACUUGCUCCCUUCCAUCACAUCAUUCAUGCUGGGGUCGGCCAUUCCUUUUUCAUGUUAUAUGAUUUAUAGAUGUAUACUAUUUUAUCCCUUUUUUAGCCAGUGGGGGAACAAGAUUUCUUUGCACCUUUUGGGUGUUUGAUUUAUACAAAGAUCAACAUUGGCGAUAAAAAUGCACAUUUGCAGAUGAAUUAUUUUAAUAAUUUGUUGAAUAAUCAUCACACAUUGUUUUUUAAUGUCAUCUUGAAUAUUAUAUGCUCAA